GCAAUGUCGGAUCCGGUUGAAGUAGAGCAAAUGUCUGAGACAAAGCCCCGUAAGAUGGCAUUACCAACUUCGCUCGAUAAGGAUGCGAUUCGCGAAGCGUAUGAGGACGUCCGCUCGAAUCUGAGCGAUCACGAGUGGGCCGUGUUUAAGUUUGACGGCUUAAAGAUUGUUUGCUCGGCCAAGGGCCAGGGCUUCGACGAGUUCUGCGGCGAGUUCCAUGAUGACGAGCGCGCGUUCGGUUACAUCCGGAUACAGAUGGGUGACGAGAUGUCGAAACGCAGCAAGUUCCUUUUCUUGACCUGGAUCGGACCGGAAGUGGGUGUUAUGCAGCGCGCCAAAAUGUCAACCGACAAAUCUAUCAUCAAGGAUGUGAUCAACAACUUUGCUGUGGAGCUGCAGGUGGAAACGAGCGUCGAUCUGGAUCUCGAGAUGUUUAAGGCGCACCUCAACAAAGCUGGCGGCGCUAACUACGGGACGGGUGUGCGGGAGCUGUAA